AGGAGAUUUUAUCUCGAUCUGAUAAACAGAUAAACAGAUCUGGUAGACAGAAAGGUUUCCCAGAGUGUUAUGAGCGUGAUGGGAACAUGGAAAUACAAAGAUUCAGGUCCACAGACCAAAAUAGACCGCAAGAACAAAAACCAAGUUUAAGCGAGCGCUGGCAAGCCAGAAUACAAGAAGAUGCAAAACAGUCUGAAACGCAGUUGACGAGAAACGUUAUAGAAGUUCAUAAAGGAAGUGGUGAUUCUAAUUAUGUGCGAGAGUAUAAAAAAGAACGAUCAUCAAAACAUGAGCGUCAGCGUAAUAAGUCAUCACCGGACAGAAAAAAAAAAGAUCGAAACACACGAGAUUUGCGUGGUAGGUUGAAUGAACAACGCAAGAGUUUUGAUGAUAAAGACAAUUUAAGAUCAGAUAAUAAAGGACGACAUCCAAAUCCACGUGAUUUGAGACAUAGUUUAGAUAGUCGCCGCAACACUGAUAAGGUCGAGGGUAAAAGUAGAGAGCGAGUCAGCCAAGAUGGACAUAUCGACAGAAGGGGUCAUGAACCAGAUCGACGAGAAUCAAGAAAACGUGACCAUGAUAGCCAUCUGCCAAGUUCAACCACUAGGGAUAGAGAUGGUAAGGAUGAUGGAAAGAAACGCAGGGAAGAUCCAUUACCAGAUUUUAAAAAGCGAGAUGAACGGCCGCCACCUGAACCAGAAUGGGUACGCAAUCCAACAGCUAUUCCAAAAGGUGGUAGUUACUAUGAGCAUGAUAACAGAGUGGGUGAAAACAGCAUAGAUUAUUGGCAGAGAAGAGGAGGAUAUAGGGGAAGAUUUAGAGGAAGAGGAAGAUCGUCAUGGGGACGGGGAUACAGAGGUGGCAGUCGAGGAGGCGGUGGUGGGAGAAGUGGUGGUCGCAGUCCACAAUGGAGUCAUGAUCUUUUUGAAGAAAAAACAAAAAAAGCAGCUGAGGAUGACCGAGAUGAGAAGCCAACCAGCACAACAAAAUAACAACUGGUCACCUAUAGAGGGCGCUGUAACCCAGCCGGCAAGUGGUAGUUGACAGACAUCACUGCCAUCAUACAGAUGACUUUUUCAACAUAUUUUUUAAAAUUAAUGUAUUAUUUUUAUCUCAUUUUACCAGCCAAUGUGCUUUUCAUUCAGUAUUCCGUAUUAUAAAUUUACUUUUGAAAUGGCUUUAUAUUUUUCGAUCGUACUGGUACAUGCUGUAUUUUGUACGCUGACACAGUAUACCUGUGUCGGUUAAAGCAUAUAAAAAAAACAUCAUGUCCAUAAAAUAAUUACAUUUGCGAUGUUUACAUCUGAUUAAUAUUGUUCAUCGUUUUAAAAUCACAUAAUAUUGAGUACAUUGUACAUCGUUUAAAGUUGUUAUUAGUCUGUUUCACCACCUAGCAGUGUCAGAACUCGUAAAUUUUCUAAAAUUCAUUUUAUCCGUCUGCACAGUGGCAUCACUGUAUUUUUUUCAUUCAGAGAUUUUACUUUGUAGGAUACAAUAAAGAUCAUGUUCUGUUCUUGCACUGGCAUGAGAAAAGAAAACACGACAUACAGACUUCAUUCACAAAUGCAACAACUGGGUUUUAAACGUUACAAACUGAUACAUACUAUAUUGAUCAACGGUACCAUACCUUUCAGCCUAGACUCGUAAAUAGGUUUCUUUACAAUAAUUAUCACUGUAUUUAUGAAUGACACUAAGGAGAACUUAGAUGCAUUUUAAAUGUACCAUUGUUUGUUGAUUUGUUGUGAAAAAAAAAACUUUACUCAGAACUGAACUCAAGGACAACAUUAUGUCCCAUAUGAAAAACAAAAAAUUUUGUCUCAAAAUUGGCUUAGGACAUUUUGCCGAAAAUGGCAACUAGCGUCAUGGGACAUUUCUAAUUAUUUGCAUUUCAACUUUUUGUCUGAAUUUCUUGAAAAAAAUUAGAACAAUUUUGGAAAAAAUUUUGAAACAUUACCAGGAAAAGUAUCAAUGUUUGCGAGCAUCUGAAUCACAGAUAUAUAUAUGUAAUCAGACAGCAACAAUAUUGAGGGCGUCAUUCACAUACAUGCCUGAAAGUGCCCAUUUCUGUAUACAUGUUAAAUGGGUGAAACAAAGAGUUUUACCUGAUUUUCAUGUAUUCCUUAUGAAGCAAAUACACUACACAGGCAUAACCCAAACUGUCCAAAGCCAUUAUUGAGACACCUUUGUUUUUUUUUUUUGGAUCAAUUUUGUCAUCAACUAAACUUAUCAUUUACUUAGGUGCAUGCACUACUAAUAGAACAAAUGCUGUAUUUGUUGACAUUAUGUGGGGAAAGUAAAUGUUUUUGAAUUACGCCAGUUGUUUGGAAGAUGUUGCUGAAAGCAAUACACUUUAAUGCAGUCAUUAUUGAUGAUCUAUAAUUUAAAUUCGUUCUUUUGAUUUAACCCUCUCACCAACAGACUUUCUCGCCUGAAUUUAUCUGCACUUUUUUUCUUAUAUUCUUCAAUUCUUUGGAAAUAAUCCUAAUUUUAGUCAAUUUUCACUUAUUACUGAAAAAAAUUUGGUUCCAUUCUUCUGAAGAAAGUGCAGACUUUAAAAAGGACUAUUUUAUGAAUUUGUGAAAAAGAGGGAACUUGUGAAAAGGUUAAAUCAUUGUACGGCAACAUGGUCACAUCACACCUGCGAUGUUUUUGGCUCUGGGAACUUAGAAUUCAGGAUUUAGUAGACAUUUAUAAAAAAACAAAAAAACAAGACAUUUUGUUUAGAAAGCAUUUACUGUUUAAUGCAUAAUAAUCUACAGUGAAAGGCAGAAUGCUGUACCUUAUUUUAUGAAUAUAUAUAAAAAUUGCGAAUAAUAAUCAUCAGCUAAAAUUAGAAUAUUUAAUCGUGAUUGGCUAAAGAUCUCAACAUUAUUCAUACCCAUAAUGCACCUGUGUGCCUUGACAUGACAGAGCAACUCUGCAACUGCCCACUAGUUCAAAAUGAAGUGCUUACUGAUUGAAUUAAUUAAUAUUAAUUAAAACUAACGAUGAUGUUACUAUACCAUUUCUAGAUUUGUCAAUUUAAAAUCUAUAUUUAUAAAACGUUUAUAACAUCUCCAGGUUUCUGCCAUUCAUUGUAUACAUCUUAUUGUCAACUUUAUAAACUGUGAUGAAAUUGAUCUGCCAAGGAUUAUGGAGAGAUUAAGUUGUUACAUUUUGUAAAUAUUUUAAUGCUACCAAAUAUACAUGGGCCAAAAAGAAAUGGUUUCCUUUUUGUCUGUCUUUUGGAAACUGGCAAGUCACACUUUUUAUUUUCAAUUUUGCGUACCUCAAUUGAGAUGUGUUACUUCAUGUACUCAAGCUUAUGUAUUUGAUAAAUGUUGAACAUGAUGUUAAAUAUACUAAUGAAUUAUUCUUAAAACAAAAAUUAAACUGCAUCAAAUUUCCCCAAUAAGAAACACGAAACCAUUUUUUUUUUUAUUUUAUUUAAAACUAGUUUUGUUUUUGCUCCAUGGCUGUCUGCUAUACCGACUUAAGAUUUAAAUCUCUUUUUAAAACUUAAUUUUUAUUUUUAAUCAGGCCGAGCAUGUUUGUAAUCAAUUUCAAGUUGUGCUGGAUGAAAUCCACUGUUAGGAUUGUACAUUUCUAGAAGUUCAAUAAAAGUGUUCAUAGCUUCUGUUAA